GGCCCGGCGCUUCGGAUGCUCUGACUCGAGACUCUGGGGUCUGUAUAUGGAAAUAGUGGGGUGCCGAGCCGAAGGAAACGCGUGUCCCUUCCGUCCCCCAGCCAUGCUUUUCCACGGCAUCUCCGGAGGGCACAUCCAAGGCAUCAUGGAGGAGAUGGAGAGGCGCUCCAAGACCGAGUCGCGGCUGGCCAAGGCGGGCCAGAUGAACGGCCGGGAAGCGAACAUGCCCCCUCUGAGCCCGGAGAAACCUGCCCUGUGUGCUGGGUGCGGAGGCAAGAUCUCCGACAGAUAUUACCUGCUGGCUGUGGACAAGCAGUGGCACCUCCGGUGUCUUAAGUGCUGUGAAUGUAAACUGGCUUUGGAGUCAGAGCUCACGUGCUUCGCCAAGGACGGCAGCAUUUACUGCAAGGAGGACUAUUACAGAAGGUUCUCGGUGCAGAGGUGUGCCCGCUGCCACCUGGGCAUCUCGGCCUCGGAGAUGGUGAUGCGGGCGCGGGACUCGGUGUACCACCUCAGCUGCUUCACCUGCACCACGUGCAACAAGACGCUGACGACGGGCGACCACUUCGGCAUGAAGGACAGCGUGGUCUACUGCCGGGCCCACUUCGAGAGCCUCCUGCAGGGCGCCGACCCCGCCGCCUACCCGCCGCCCCAGCUGAGCUACACCGAGCUGGCGGCCAAGGGCGGCGGCCUGGCCCUGCCUUACUUCAACGGCGCCGGCACCGUCCAGAAAGGCCGGCCCAGGAAGAGGAAGAGCCCCGCCCUGGGCGUCGACCUGGUCGCUUACAACUCAGGUUGUAAUGAAAAUGAGGCAGAUCAUCUGGACAGAGACCAGCAGCCUUACCCCCCAUCUCAGAAGACCAAGCGUAUGCGCACUUCUUUUAAACACCACCAGCUCCGUACCAUGAAGUCCUACUUUGCCAUUAAUCACAACCCAGAUGCCAAGGACCUCAAACAGCUUGCCCAGAAAACAGGCCUAACCAAGAGAGUUCUGCAGGGAGAACAAAUCUUGGGGCAUUACAGCCAAACAUCCCGACGUUUGAAAAUUCCCUAAAGUAUUAAAAGAAGGGGAAAGUUUGAUCGGAAAUCCACUGCAGUGAAGACAAAGACAAUAUUAGGUUAUGAUAAACCAUACAUUUAAAAUUUAUUGAGCCAAAAAUAAUUUUUAAAAAUAGACUCAAUGUCAUUUCCUGAAUGUUAACACAUGUUAUUUGAUGAUGUCUGACUAAAAAUCCGAAGGCUGUGUAUGACAUCAGAGCAACCUGGCAGUACUACCCAGUCCUAUUUGAGAAGAUUCUUCCAUUUUUUUAAAAAAAAGAACAACUCACAUUUGUCAAGCAAAAAUACCUGUAAAAUAAGAUCCAAAAACUGCAUUCAUUCCAUUUGCUUGCCAAUGUGUAUUAAUCAUAUAUGUUCAAUGACAUUUUUGUAAAUUCAGAGGAGAACAUUCUCACUCAUUCAAGAUAAUAGGGAUCAAGAUUAGUAUUAUUUGUUUCUGACUUAAAAAUAAAAUUAAAGCAAUCUGCAUGCACUUUUUCAUCUGUCACCUAGAGUGUACUUUUUCUGUAUGAUGCAUUUCGUUUUGAUGUUUCUUGUACAGUAGUUUCAUUAAUAAACAUUUUACUUGAUGCAAACCUAGUUAACACACACAUAACUGUUGAACUUAAUUUAAUUAUUUCAACAAAAUGAUGCAUCCCCCAUCAAUGUUUUAUAUAGCAAAUGAAAAGAGGUUGUUGCACAAUGUAAAAUGACUUCCUUGGUAUUUCUUUUUUCCUGC